AUGGCAACCACAACCACCUCCAUCGUCGUCGCGUCCAAAAACCCCACCAAGAUCCGGGCAGCACAACUCGGCUUCGACUCAGCCAUGCCGGGCUCCUACGAUGUCCGCGGAGUCAGCAUUCCAUCCGGCGUCCCCGACCAGCCCCUGACAGACGAAGAGACGCUCCGCGGGGCUCUCAACAGGGCGCGCGGUGCGCGAGAGAGCGAGAAGGACGCAGAGUACUGGGUUGGGAUCGAGGGCGGCAUCGACAUGUCGGACAAGCAGGACGGGCCGAUCAUGAACUUUGCCUGGAUCGUGGUUCUUGACCGCCAGGGCCGCGUGGGCAAAGCGCGCACGGCGGCGUAUUACCUCCCCGAGGAGACGGCCGCUUACCUGCGCCGGGGGAUGGAGCUGGGGGACGCGGACAACCUUGUCUUCGGACAGACGAACACGAAGAGCAGCAGAGGGUCGGUCGGGCUGUUGACUGACGACGUCAUCGACCGGACCGCGUACUAUCACCACGCCGUCAUCCUGGCUCUGAUUCCGUUCAAGAACACGAAAUUGACAUUUGUGUAA